CUCCUGGUAUCGUGGAAGCCAAUGGGCGCCGGGAAUGUUAGCGGCUGGGAGGUGGCCGGGUUGCUACAGCAGCGGCCCCACUUGCGGCGGCGACCGGGAGUUGGAGCCUGAGCUGGCGGCGGCGCGCCAUGGAAGGGCUGGACGAUACUGGAAGUGUGGGUCGACCUGAAGAUUUGUUACCAUGCAAGAUUUGUGGAAGGACGUUUUUUCAAAAUGCAUUAAGAAAACAUGUUCCCAUUUGCCAAAAAUCUGCUAUUAGAAAAAGAAAAACAUUUGACUCCAGCAGGCAGAGAGCUGAAGGCACUGAUAUUUCCACAGUAAAACCUCUGAAGCCACGGCCAGAACCCCCAAAGAAACCAUCAAACUGGAGACGGAAGCAUGAGGAACUCCUAGCAGCUAUACGAGCAGCCAAAGGGGUUGAUCAGGUUCUUAAAGAAGGGGGGAAACUUCCUCCACCACCACCACCUACUUACGAUCCUGAUUACAUCCAGUGCCCAUAUUGCCAGAGAAGGUUCAAUGAAAGCGCGGCUGAUCGACACAUCAAUUUCUGCAAAGAACAGGCAGCACGCAUUUCUAAUAAAGGAAAAGUGGUUACUGAUGUUAAAGGGAAGCUCCCCACUCGAGCACAGUGCAAGCUGCCAUCAGUGAAGAAGCUGCCUUCUACAGGAAUAACACCGCCAGCCUCAUCACGCUUGCCACAACCAAGUACACCUGCAAAUAAAAUAAUGACUCCAAGCGGCCCUGUGGGAAGCAAAAUCCAGAGUUCCUCUCCGGCUCAUAAAAACUUGGCGAGGACAAGCCCACAAACAGGAGGGUCCCUGAAAUCGCGGACAGUAGCACCUACUAAUAUGACUCGAAAUGCUGGCAUGGGUAUGAUAGCAAACAAAAGAAAAGCCUAUGGUACUGAAAGCUACUCAAAUAGAACUGGAUACGAAAGUGGAGACUGCUCAUCUUCUGUCAAUGGAGGAAGUUCAAAAAGCAGUGAGGGAAAUUCACCUGCGCAGUUACCAAAAUUCUGUUACGAAUGUGGCGCGAAAUACCCAGUGGAAUCUGCAAAAUUCUGCUGUGAAUGUGGAGUCCGAAGAAUGGUUUUGUGAACACCUUCUAUGAAGCAGAAUGAAAUAUAGCCAGCUCUUCAUCCACUACGGCUGCAUGGAAAUCUGUGCUAUUAACUUCCCAUCAGAACUUGUGCUAAAACACCAUAGUAGUUUUCUAAGAGCAAUUCUUUUUGGUUGCAAAGUAAUUUAUAUAGAUAUAUAAAUAUACUGUAUAUAAAUGAUAAGGUACCUAAAAACUGUGCCAUUCAAGAAGGUAUUCUUGAGACACUGUUGAAAAUAUCUCUAAUGGAGCAAAAUAUUACACUUCAAGAAGUAGGAUUGUUUUGUGGUUUUUUUGUAACCCUACUAUGUAUUAUAUCUAUAGAUAGUUCUCUUGUCAUUCACCCAUGAGUCAUUUGGUCUAAACCAAGUGUUCUAACAAAGAAUUCAUAUACAUACAGAAUAUUGGCUGAUGCUCUUAUAAGUCAGCAAGUAAUUUGCUGAGUAGCUCCACAUAAAACUUAUUAACAAUUUAAGUAGGUUCAAUUCAGAUUGAUCUUCAUUUUUUUCUGGGUCUGUUCCAAGACUUGUGUACAGAUGCUUUCCUCAUGUGUGGUAUAAGAUUUCUCCUUGCCAUUUUUCACAUAUCCUUCUUCAAAUAGAAUUUAAUUAAGCUGUUAGGAUCCUAACUAGUUCUGUUCGCCUCCAAGUCAUAAACAUAAUUAUGAUUGUUCAGUGUGGACUAAAUUAUCUCCCUUUGCCCCCCUUAUAGAGAGCUCUGUGGGUCUUACAAGGUCUCUGCUUCUUACAAGAACAAUAGCAAUAGAAGUCCUUUAAAAAAAAUUACUAUAUUUUUAGAACAAAUGAGCUUCAGAAUAUGAAAAGUAAAUAAUGGUUUUUUUUGUCUUUACAGUGUUUUUGGUGGCUUUUGAGGCCAAAGCAAAAAGAAAUAGUUUCAACAGGAGUAGAAUGGCCCACUGAAGCUCUUAACUCACAUCAGUAUUAAGUUACUUCUGUUAGUAAUAGUUUACAUUUUCACAGAAAUUAUUUUUCCCUAUGGAGAUGAAUCCAGUAAUAUUUAAUUGUGCCUUUCCCAAAAUUAGUUUUGAUAAAAAAUAAAUUCCAACUGCUAUUUCUAAGCCAUUGUAAUUCCCAAGAAUAGUAACAGUUUAAGCUAUUGGCGGGGCAUUUUGCAGCAUUUGGCCUUACCCUGCAUGAUUGGUAAUCUAAUUUUAAACUUUUUCAUUCUUUUUAAAGCUUACUCAAUGUGUCUAAUGGCAACUGGGAAUAUGUUUGGUUGAUCAAGUCCUCUUCCCUGCUUCUUUUUUCUAGUACUUUCUUGAUAAUGGCAAAGUGCCGCUCCUAGACAAUUAGAAUUAAUGAGGUCAUUGGUGUGGAAUUGUACUUGUGGAUCUUAGGCUUCAUGUGCCCCAAUUUCGUGCUGUGACCCAAUUUUAAUUCUAGCAAGAAGGCUGAUAUUCUGCCAUUGUAUAGUAUGUAAUGGAUGUAUUUAUAGUAACUGUAUGUAACAGAACCACCAAUACUGGAAGCAAGAGAUCAACAUGUAUAGAAUUCUGUUGGGGCUUGCACAUAUCUUCUACUCCUUACGUAUUCAGUCCAGAUAUAUUUUAUGUCUUCAUUAUGAAAUUUUUAGGUACAACCCAAAUUACCAGACUUGUAUUCUAUCCAUUAUGAUAUUGUGCUUAAAUUUGAAUUUUGCUGGGAGGGUAGAUGUUAAUUAAGUUCUUUAAGCAGUUGCACUUUUAAAAUAUGGAUGUUUUGUUAAUGGACCCAACAAAUCACAUUGCUUCUUGAAGGCUCUACGGUGUGUAUGAUCAUCCCAAACUAGAAAGGUUAUUAUGUGAAGUUGAUUCAGAUUUUGAAGUCACACUUUAAGAUCUUAUUUAGAGUGAUUGUUUUAUAUGAGCUUAUCCGUGAUAGAAAUCUAAAAGGCUAUCACCAAAAGAUCCUAACCACUUAUAAUGAAUUUGAUUGAAGUUAAUGGAAGAUUUUGUCUCUGAAUCAAUAAAUAACGUAUUGUUUCACAACAGAGCACGCUGUUUUUAAAUAAUAGUUGUUACUGUGUAAAUUAGUCACAAUCAAUUAAGGAUGCUGUAAUGCUUCUUUUCUAGGUUUUUUUUGUUUCAUUUUCUGUUUUGAGCACUUGCAGAGCUUCUACCUUUUUGUAACACUGUUGAGAGCCAUUUUAUAAGAUGAGCAGGGCACAAUGUUCAAUGCUGUGGCUAGAGAUUUUCAGGGUCCUAGUUUUCGACUGCAGCCCUUUGAGCUCCUUGAAAAGCCACUGCUGAAGUUUGGGGGACCCUAUGGAGAGGAGACUUUUAUGUCUACAAUGGACUGCAUCCAAAAGAGGGUGAGAAAGGCAACAGCCCUUUCCUGUGUGUGCAGAUGUGGUAUGGCUGCACAUUGUGCUGUUAGGAGUCAGCUAUAGAAACUUAAGAAGUAGGCUUCUAGAACCCUCAUGCAAUCCUCAGAAUACUAAGGGGAAAACAUCUCUCAAAACAUUCGUUUUGAGUUUUCAUUUCCCAGAAAAACUAAUAAAUCAACUUUAUUCCUAUUUGGCAACAAGGUUCAGUGUGCAAUUCAAAUAAUCAAUGGGUUUUACAUGUUUAAUAAGGAAAAUGUCAUUCACAUAGUCAUUUUUAUCAAAUUUGUAUUUUAUAACACUAAACCUGUCAGAUUAUUAUUUCCCAUGUAAAUAAUGACCCUCACAGAGACAUGAGCUCAGUAUAUUUAAGAUUUCACUCAGGGUUACUUCAUGUUACUUUUAGCUGCAAAGAUUAAUCUCUUUGUCCUUAUAUUUCCCUACUGAUAGAGUGGCAGAGAGAUCAGUCUUUGCAUCUGAAAAGCUAAUAAUUUAUAUUCCACUGGAUCUUUGGCAUUUUAUGGAAGAAAGACUGGUAUUUGGGGGCUUAUACUAGAAAGUUCUGAAUGCUCUGCAGCUCCUGCUUAGUUUUGCUGAGAUUACACGUUUUCUGGUUUGUUUUGGGUGUCAGCUAUUUGAAUGAGACUUCAUAUGCAUGUUCAUUCACCAAAGAUCCCACAUGUUUGUUAUUUAAAUGUUUUCAUGUGUUUCUACAGUGGCUUUAUUAUACCUGCAUAACAAUACAGAUUUCAUACAGCAUCUGCCUUGAUACCUUCAAUAUAUGGUCCUUUUUAACUAGCAAGAUCUAAAUUUCCACUAAACAGUUAUGUGAGCUUUCUGUUUGCUCAGACGACCUUUAGGUUUUCUUAAAUGUUCAAUUUAAAUGCAAAAGCAGUCUGUAAAUGCUUCUUGUAUGUUAUCUAGUCCUUUGUUAAGAAUAAAGCAAAUAUUGCAUACAGAAAUUCUAUUACGUCUUAAUGCUGCAGAGUGGUUCUUGUAGCUGAUG